AUGGGUUCUCAUAUUGGAUUCUUCGAAUUAAUAAAGAAGCAAUUUACGCCCAGUAAAUUGCUCUUCCAUUUUCUGUUCUGGACAUUUCAUUGGGGUAUCUUUGCUUAUGGAUGGUGGAAGCAAUUCGCCGAUGCUCGACUUGCAGGUCUGAACACACUCAAAUUCUCAGUAUGGAUCUCACGAGGUGCCGGUCUAGUCCUCAGCGUCGACUGCAUGCUUAUUCUCCUCCCCGUAUGCCGAACCAUUAUGCGCUGGGUCCGGCCCAAGAUUCGCUUCAUUCCUCUCGACGAGAAUCUCUGGAUGCAUCGACAACUCGCCUACUCCAUCCUGCUUUUUACCUGUCUUCACACGGGUGCUCACUACGUCAACUUUUAUAACGUUGAGAUAACACAGAUUCGACCUGUCACGGCACUCCAGAUUCACUAUGCUCAGCCUGGUGGCAUCACCGGCCAUGUCAUGCUGCUAUGCAUGCUUCUCAUGUACACGACCGCCCAUGCUCGCAUCCGCCAACAGUCCUUUGAGACCUUCUGGUACACUCACCAUCUCUUUAUUCCUUUCUUCCUCGCUCUUUACACCCACACCGUUGGAUGUUUCGUGCGUGACACUCCUGAGGGAUUCUCGCCAUUUGCAGGCGAUCAAUUCUGGGAGCACUGCAUUGGUUACCUGGGAUGGCGAUGGGAACUCUGGACUGGUGGUUUCUACCUUAUCGAGCGUCUCUGGCGAGAGGUUCGUGCCAGACGAUCAACAAAGAUCACUCGGGUCGUUCGUCACCCGUACGAUGUGGUAGAGAUUCAGUUCGCCAAGCCAUCCUUCAAGUACAAGGCCGGACAGUGGCUCUUCCUCCAGGUGCCUUCGCUCUCCAAGUACCAGUGGCAUCCCUUUACCAUCACCUCGUGCCCCUUCGAUCCUUAUGUGUCGGUUCACGUUCGUCAAGUCGGUGAUUUCACCCGAGAGUUGGGUGAUGCUCUUGGUGCCGGUGCUGCUCAGGCUAAGCUCUACGACGAUGUUGACCCCAUGGGUAUGUACGAAGUUGCUCUCCAGAACGGUGACCAGAUGCCCGCCCUACGAAUCGAUGGCCCUUACGGUGCUCCCGCUGAAGACGUGUUUGAGAAUGAGAUUGCUGUGCUUAUCGGUACCGGUAUUGGUGUAACCCCCUGGGCCGCCAUUCUCAAGAACAUCUGGCAUCUCCGCAACUCACCUAACCCUCCCCGCCGUCUUCGUCGUGUCGAGUUCAUCUGGGUGUGCAAGGACACUGGUUCGUUCGAGUGGUUCCAGACUCUAUUAUCUUCUCUGGAGGAACAGUCCAAUGAAGCAGCUCGCAUGCCUGGCAGCACAGGCGUCGAGUUUCUCAAGAUUCACACCUACCUUACACAAAAGUUGGAUAUCGACACUGCUCAGAAUAUUGUCCUCAACAGUGUCGGUGCUCAGAUGGAUCCCUUGACAGAACUACAAUCACGUACCAACUUUGGCCGUCCCGACUUCCCUCGUCUGUUCACCACGAUGCGAAAUGGUAUCUUGGAUCGAACAUAUCUCAACGGCCUGGAGUCCCACAUCCGAACAACAGUCGGUGUCUACUUCUGUGGUCCUUCAGCAGCCGCUCGUGAUAUCAAGACUGCGUGUAAAGAAGCGACAGUCCCCGAUGUUGAUUUCCGUUUCUGGAAGGAACACUUCUAA